CGAAGCCGCCGUCGCUGUACGGGGAGCACUUCACUCGCAGCAUCAGUGUCGGCCGGGGAUAGCAAUAGCAUACGUAGCCCACCGCUCGGGAGAGGAGGAUGACCGCGGGGUGCUGCGGCGGCUGAGGGGUCCUGCUUGUUUCUUGUGGCUGCUCUGCUCUUCUCUCCUCUCGUCUCUCCCCGUCCCCGGUGUUCCUUCCUGGAGGGACGAGGAGUUAUUUGAACAACAACUAUGGCGACAAUUGAAGAUAUAGGUGUCUCUGCAGCUAUCAACAUACUGAGUGCCAUGAUAUUCCUGCUAGCAUUUGCUUUCCUACGGCUGCAGCCCAUCAAUGACAGGGUUUACUUCCCAAAGUGGUAUCUCAAAGGUGCAAGACAAAGCCCAGGCCAUGGGGGUGCUUCUGUGCGCAAGUUUGUAAAUUUGGACAUGCGAUCGUACUUGAAGUUCUUAAGUUGGAUGCCUGCUGCUCUCCAAAUGCCAGAAGAUGAGUUGAUUAGCCAUGCUGGACUUGAUUCAGCUGUCUAUCUGCGGAUCUACUUAAUAGGGCUUAAGAUAUUUGUCCCAAUCACAAUUCUAGCAUUUCUUGUUCUUGUUCCUGUUAACUGGACCAAUGAGACCCUUGAGGGCAUGACGGUACAGCACAGUGAUAUCGACAAACUUUCAAUAUCCAACAUACCUUAUGGGUCGAAGAGGUUCAUAGCUCACUUGACUAUGGCUUAUGUUUUCACAUUUUGGACAUGCUAUGUUCUGUUGCGUGAGUAUGGAAUAGUCGCAACAAUGAGAUUGCACUUUCUUGCAUCAGAGAAACGCCGCCCAGACCAGUUCACAGUCCUGGUGCGGAAUAUACCGCCUGAUCCAGAUGAAUCAAUUGGUGAGCUUGCGGAGCAUUUCUUCCUUGUGAAUCAUCCUGAUCACUAUCUAACACAACAGGUUGUUUACAAUGCAAAUAAGCUCGCUAAACUGGUCAAAGAGAAGAAGAAGGUGCAGAACUGGCUCGACUACUAUCAGCUGAAGUAUGAAAGAAAUACAAGUAAAAGGCCUACUGUUAAGACUGGCUUUCUUGGAUGUUUUGGUUCCAAAGUGGAUGCUAUUGAACACUACGCAUCAGAAAUUGAGAGGAUAGAAAAUGAAGAAGCUGAAGAGCGUGAAAGGAUCAUGAAGGAUCCCAAGUUAGUUGUGCCAGCAGCAUUUGUUUCCUUUAGAUCACGGUGGGGUGCAGCAGUGUGUGCUCAGACACAACAAACCAGUAAUCCAACGGUUUGGUUAACCGAGUGGGCUCCAGAACCUCGUGAUGUGUACUGGGAUAAUUUGUCUAUUCCAGUUGUUCACCUUACAGUUAGAAGGUUGAUAAUUGCGGUAGCAUUCUUCUUUCUGAACUUCUUUUAUAUCGUCCCAAUCACAUUUGUUCAGUCCCUUGCAAAUCUUCAAGGGAUUGAGAAGGCAGUUCCAUUUCUGAAGCCUCUGAUCGAAAUGCCUACUAUCAAAUCAUUCAUCCAAGGGUUCCUUCCAGGAAUUGCUCUGAAGAUUUUCCUUAUACUGCUCCCGAGCAUAUUGAUGUUUAUGUCAAAAGUUGAAGGAUUGACAUCAGUGUCUUCGUUGGAGAGGAGAUCUGCAUCAAAAUUCUAUAUCUUCAUAUUCUUUAAUGUAUUUCUGACAAGCAUUAUUGCUGGAUCUGCUUUAGAGCAGUUACAAAGCUACCUUCAUCAGUCAGCAAAUCAAAUACCAAGAACAAUCGGUGUAGCAAUUCCAAUGAAAGCAACAUUUUUUAUAACAUAUGUAAUGGUCGAUGGAUGGGCUGGGGUAGCUGGUGAAAUACUGAGAUUGAAGCCAUUGGUAAUCUUCCACUUGAAAAACUUUUUCUUGGUCAAGACUGAGAAAGACAGAGAAGAGGCAAUGGACCCUGGAAGUAUUGGUUUUGAUUCAAAUGAACCUCAGAUACAGCUCUAUUUCUUACUUGGUCUUGUCUAUGCUGUGGUCACACCAUUUCUGCUACCCUUCAUCUUGAUAUUCUUUGUGCUCGCAUAUGUGGUAUACCGCCACCAGAUAAUUAAUGUGUACAAUCAAGAAUAUGAGAGUGCAGCUGCGUUUUGGCCAAGUGUCCAUGGACGUAUAAUCACCGCAUUGAUCAUUUCACAGCUGCUUUUCCUUGGGUUGCUGAGCACGAAAGGCGCAGGCCAAUCAACACCAGUCCUCCUUGUUCUUCCUGUAGUAACCUUUUAUUUUCACAAAUACUGCAAGAACCGCUUUGAACCUGCAUUUGUGGAAUACCCGUUACAGGAGGCAAUGAGGAAAGACACCCUAGAGCGUGCGAGAGAGCCAGGGUUUGACCUUAAAACAUACCUGGCAGACGCCUAUAUCCACCCGGUGUUCAAAGGCGACAACGACGAUGAGAAGUUCUCCAUGGGUGACGAAGGGGAGGCGGAGCAGGUCCUUGUGGCAACAAAGCGGCAGUCAAGACGAAACACCCCGGUCCCGAGCAGACACAACGGUUCAGAAGUGCCUUCUCUGCCUGAAAUUGUAAAUGACCAGCGACUAUGACAUGAUAGAGGGCGAGUGGCUUGGGUGUGCUUAAUUAGGUCUGUAGUUUUGUAAAUGGAGUAAAGAAAGCAGCACAGUAUGCGCUGGCACAUUUCAGUAUUGCUUGUUUAUUACGGAGUACAACAAGGAGCAAUGACCUAUCUUUAUAUGCAUGAAACGCGAGGUUCUGUCGUCC